UUCGAUGAAAGAGUAUUCGGGGUUUCGCUCAGAUGGGAGCCACCCUAAUCUUAUUAUUAUUAAGAAUAAUACUAAUCAAGACUCAGAUAGAGAGAAGAAAUGUGAGAGAGAGAUUUGUAAUUAAGAUUGAAUUCUGGAUAUAAUUACUUGCUUUCAUAUAAAGAGAGAGAGAGAGAGUAAAGACUCAUGAAAGUAUAACAGAGAGGGGAGUUUAGUUUGGUGAUGGUGUUUGACAUAUUAGGCGUCAACAAGAAUCGGGACUUAACCGUAAUUUUACUGUUGAUGCUUAUUCUCACCGCCGGAAACGGUGGAAAAUGGAUCUCGUUCGCUGAAGGUAGCGGUGCCGGUACCGGAGGCGGUGGAGGCGGAGGCGGCGCUUUCUGGUAUUCGGCUGCUCCUUCUUCCAAUGUCGGAAUAGCCAUCGCCGUGACGGCCAUGGCCGGUCUUGCCUUGGCCGCUACCAUCUUGUACUCUCAUAGGUAACAAGAAACACAAAAAUUUUAUCCAAAAUUAGAGAUUUGAAAAUUCAAACUUUGUGAAAAGCAAACGAAUCUAGAUAUUGUUGUUUGUUGAUUUUAAGUUGUAGUUAAAAUGUUAACGGAACGUAAACCGUUGAUGAGAGUCCUACGGAGAAGUCACACGUCUUCUUCUUCGUCACCAUCAUCAUCUUCAAAUCCCUCUUCAUCACCGUCAUCGUCUUCGUGGACUCAUCUGCGAUCGGUUCUGUUAGUAGUUGCUUCUUCGUCGUCGUCAUCAUCUUCAUCUUCUUGCUCACCAGUUAACACUAAUCGGGGUACUCUUAAAUCACCAUGGUCCCGUAGGAGAAGAAAACAUGCACUUCUUGCCAAACAAUGGAAGAGCUUAUUUACUCCAGACGGAAGACUUAUUGAAGGUGGCAUCAAGUUCUUGAAAAAAGUCCGUAGUGGGGGUGUUGAUCCAAGUAUAAGAGCAGAGGUUUGGCCAUUCCUUCUUGGAGUAUAUGAGUUAAGCAGUUCCAAGGAAGAAAGAGGUUCUCUUUGCACAAAGAACAGAAAAGAAUAUGAGAGCUUGCGGAAAGAGUGCCAUAAAAUACAUCUGCACAGCUUGAAGAGCUCUAAGUUGAAGGAAAAUGCUGGAAAUAACAGUGAUGAGGGCAGUGGCGAUUUCAGUCAAGUUCUUGAUUCUCCUGGCUUUGAAGACGUGGCAAGUUCCAGGAGGUCUGUUUCCUCCGAGGGAAGAAGUCCAGCAGCUGAGGAUCUAUAUGCCCCUUUGUAUGAUGAGACCCCUCAGAGCUCUGGUUUAUUAAUUGAAGGAGAAGGUGAUAAGAGUGCACUUACCUGUGAAGAUGCAUCUGUGGGUGAUACCAAAUCUACUGAUUCUGACUCAUCUGAAGAAACUGAAAAUGUGCCUCUGCUUUCUACUGAAGAAUCUGGAACAAAUGAAGUUCUUAAUGAGAAUGUGAAAGAAAAUUCAAAGGAGAUCGGCAGUAAGUCCAAAUCCCACACAUAUGAAGAUUUUGUCACGUGGCAGAGAAUCAUUCAACUCGAUGCUGUGAGGGCAAAUGAUGAAUGGAUUGUUUGCUCACCAUCUCAAGCAGCAGUGUCAGAAAUUAAGGCACAACGUCUUGCCCAGGCUGUUGGCUUAAAGGAUUAUGAUCAUCUGGAACCAUUCAGAAUUUAUCAUGCUGCUCGCCUUGUUGCUAUACUUGAGGCCUAUGCACUAUAUGAUCCUGAAAUUGGUUAUUGCCAAGGGAUGAGUGAUCUACUGUCACCAAUUGCAUCAAUUUUGGAAGAGGACCAUGAAGCUUUCUGGUGCUUUGUGGGUUUCAUGAAAAAGGCCAGGCAUAAUUUCCGGCUUGAUGAAGUUGGAAUAAGAAGGCAAUUGAGUAUUGUUUCGAAGAUAAUCAAGAGCAAGGAUAUUCAUCUCUACCGGCACUUGGAGAAGCUUGAAGCACAAGAUUGCUUCUUUGUGUAUAGAAUGGUGGUGGUUCUUUUUAGAAGGGAGUUAACUUUUGAGCAGACACUUUGCCUGUGGGAAGUGAUGUGGGCAGACCAGGCAGCCAUUCGAGCCGGGAUUGCAAAGUCAGCUUGGGGUAGCAUGAGGCUAAGAGCCCCGCCUACUGAUGAUCUAUUGCUUUACGCAAUUGCAGCCUGUGUAUUACAAAGGAGGAAGUUGAUCAUAGAGAAGUAUAGCAGCAUGGAUGAGAUCAUGAGAGAAUGCAAUAGUAUGGCUGGUCAUCUGGAUGUUUGGAAGCUUCUAGAUGAUGCUCAUGAUUUGGUGGUCACCUUACAUGACAAGAUUGAGGAAACCCUUUAAUGCUCAUUGACCACUUUUUCCUUGGAUUUCACUGCUUCUUUCUUUUAUUCUGUUGCACUAAUUGCUGAUCCCAUUUGAUGAUCUCUUUAAAAAUCCAAGGGAUCUUCAGUUGACAUUACACUCUGCUUCACACAAGAAUUUGAUACGCAAUUUCUGUACUGAGUAAAUUAUGGAAUUAUGAUGUAUUGCCCCGCUCAGAACUUAUUUGAGUGAAGAGGUAUCACUGCAAAAUUACUGAUUUAGACAUUGAAGUUUUUGGCUUAA